AUGAAUUCAGGAUUAACGUGUGAAAAGGCCUACGAUCAAACUGCAAAGAUUCUAUCGACGAUGCUUUUUUUCACCAAACAUGUGAAAGUUCCACCCUCACGGGUUUUCAUUUCUGACGCCCAAUCGGGACGGCAAUACUUGAACAACGCCAAUAUAAGUAUAACUGCUGGAGAGUCGUUUAGCAUCACAUGUGGAGCAAAUAGGGCAAGGCCUCCCGCAGUACUGCAAUGGCUAGUACCAGAGGACGUGACCGUUGUUCAUCAGGAUCAAUCUGAUGUCAUUCAUUACGGAUCUUACAUCUCCCGGAAAGCCUUGACGAUCACACCCACGAGAGAUGACCACGGAAAGAUUCUCAGCUGCAUUGCAUCACACCCGGAAAUACAAAGGAGUCUUAGAUCCUCAUUUCUUCUGAAUGUUCAUGUUCUUCCUUCCAGUGUGCUGCUCUUUCUAACUGGAGGUAACCAGUCACUCUCAACAGUCCUACACGUUCAAGAAGAUUCACCGACUUCAAUCACUUGUAAAAGUAUUGGGUCAUUCCCAGCAACUGAACUAUCAUUAUGGUUAGUUGGUGACUUUGGCAGGACUCCGAUCCACGCAAAUGUGUCAAGUAAUAGGAGCGUUUUAGACGACACUUUGUUUGACACUGAAAGUACCAUUACCAUUAGACCAGAUGCCACGAACAAUGGAAUGCACAUUGUAUGUUUCUCGAAUAUGGACGAUGUUUUCUUUGUUAAAGUACUGACAGUUAGACUAUUUGUUUACGGUCUACCAGACAAUGUCGUAAUGAUUGUCCGUGACUCCGUGGUGAUAUGCUCGAAGGCUCUGAGACCAACAUAACAUGUACAGCUCUUAAUGGAUACCCCGCUCCUCACAUCCACUGGUAUAUCGGGUCAAGGAACGUCACAGGCAAUUCAUCUGUGAAGACAUCCAUUAAUAGUGCUGAUCGAUAUGAUGCUGAAAGCACUCUGACCAUCAUUACAAAUAGGUUUGACCACGGCAAACGUCUUCUCUGUCAGGCAACUCAACCUACUUCAUCCACUUUGUGUUCCGUGAAUAACACAAAGGUUUUGCAAAUAUAAUUUCAACCUUAGAUCAGGACGAUGACUGUAAUGAAAACCGAAAAUCACCAGAUUAUUCAGUUAUAAAAAAAUGAACAAUGAAGAAAAAUAUACAUAAAUAUUGACAACGGAAUUCAAAUGAAUUUCCGCAGUUCCACUUGACAAUGCUCUAUUUCGAUAAUUAAAGCAAGGUUUAUCAUGGCCGUACCCAUAUUUUUUUCCCGGGGGGGGGGGGGUCAAAACGCAUGAAAUUUCUUAGGAAUGUUUCUCAAAGUAAUUAUUUUAUGUUCGCACAGAAAGUGAUGAUGCUGUUAUAAUCUUGAAUAUUGUUCCAACCAUACACGUGACUUCA